AUGUCAGAGAUUCUCACUGUAGACGCUAUUCUGUUUGGCCUCUUGGUUUUGUCUGGGAUUUUGGGAAACAUCUUGGUCAUCCAUGUGGUGUUUCAAUCUGCUUUGGAAAGUCCGUCUCGGAGACUCCCUCCCUCCGACACCAUCCUGGUUCACCUGUCUCUGGCCAACCUGCUCAUCUCUCUUUUCCGCACCGUGCCCAUAUUCGUGUCCGACCUGGGCCUGGACGUGUCCCUGUCUCUGGGCUGGUGCAGGAUCUUCAUGCUCCUGUGGGUGUGGUGGCGAGCCGUGGGCUGCUGGGUGACGCUGACGCUCAGCAUUUUCCACUGCACCACCCUCAGGCGACAACACGUGAGCUUUGGACCUCUAACGCUGCAGAGGGAGCGGCGGCGGGUGUGGGUGGUGCUGGGACUGGUGUGGGGCGCAAACCUGGCCUUCUCAAUCCCGGCACUGCUGUUCACCUCUCACGUUGAAAGCAACGCCACUGUGGAGCUGAUGGUGAUCAGCAGCACCACUCGGCCUCUGCUGGGCUGCGUCUGGAAUUUCCCCAGCGACCGACAAGGCUUGGCCUUUGCAUCCACUUCUCUUGCGCUCAACGAGAUUCUGCCGCUGGUGGUGAUGGUUUUCACCAACUUGGCGACGCUUCACUCCCUGGCCAAGCACAUCCGAGCCGUUACCUCGGAGUCAGGAAGCCACGGGGAGCUGGACAAACACGUGUCCACUGAGCGUAAGGCCGCUCAUGUAAUCAUGUGUCUGGUGUCUCUCUUUGUGGUCUGCUGGGUCCUGCAGGUUGCCGCGGUGACCUACUACAACCACAACGGUGGGUAUCACGCCGAGGGGCUGCUAACCGUGGCCCACUUCUCUGCUUCGCUGUUUGUGGGAUUCAGUCCGCUUGUGGUGGCCCUGGGACACGGGAAGCUGAGGAGGAAAAUCAGGAGCAUGAUUCUGUUGUGGACCAACGUCCCUCACAGCCAGGAGGCUGAAAGCGGGAGAAAAUUCCCCCAAAUGAGCAGAAAACAAACCAGUUUUGUUGCUCAGAAAGAAGUUAAGGUUAAAAAGGUCAAAGACAAAGUUUUACCACACAGAUAGUGAAGGUAAAAUAUUUCUUCCUUCACUGGGUAAAUCAAGAAUCACAUGUCAUUUUUAAUGACUUUGUUAUUCUUUAACUUAUUCAUUGGAACUAAUUUAUUUGAAUCUAAACAAACAAAAACAAAUACAUUUCUCAUAUCAUCUGUACAAAUUGUUUGCACAUAUUGUUGCUUAGUAGUGGAUUUCAUUUGGGUGAUACGGCUCUCCACCCAGGGCGGCACAAAAUGUGAGGGAUUACAAACUGUCCCAAAAAUAAAAGGUUCUGCCAAAAAUAAGUUUUCUGUUGCUUUUUAUUUUGGACAUUUUAUGAGUGUGGAGUGGAUUUAUCUCAGUUAAAAAAAAAGAACUGAACAAAACUUUCCCAGUUUAAU